CCUAAUUGUUGUGAUAAACUUAUUAAAUAGAAUAUGUCCUUGGUAGAACAGAAUCAGUUAGCCGAAAUUGGAAGUUUAGUAUAUCAAGAAGAACCGGCAGUUGAAGCUGAACAGUGGCAAGUUCUUAACGAUGAAUAUGAUCAAGCUUAUUCGGCAGAGCAAGAAAUUGAAGUUGAGCUUGCCAUAUUUUCAAAAGGGCACGGACUUUUGAGUCCAAUGCAGGUUUUUGAAAUCAUCUUUUCCGAAACGGUUGAUGACGCGUUGCCUGAGUACCCAGAAACUAAUGGAUAUUACGUCGUGUCAUCAGCAGGAUCUGCUUCAAACUGCGACACUUCGGGUCUUGACUUAUGGUCAUGGUCUCCCUUCUCAACUCGAAACAAGCUGUAUUACAGGUGUAUUUCAAAGUACAAUACCAUUAUCGCUAUUGAAGCGUACCAGGAAGAUGCGGAAGACUUGACAGAAGCGCCGAAGUUCUACAUCAACAAAAGAGACCGAUCAGCAACCGACCAAGGGUUGCUCGUACGGCACUACGUGGAUGCUGUGCAUAUAUACAGAAUAUGCCGAAAAGCUGAUAUUCAUGCAACGAAUCCAAACUUCAGAAGACACGUGAUGUGGAUUGAGGCUAUAGAACCUAAUCAGCAAGAGUCACCAUCGAAGAAAGUGAUUGAAUAUAUGUGGAAGGGAAAGUCAAAACCAGAUACCCUGUACGGAAUGCAGCUUGAGACAGAUAAAAGAAUUGAAGACGACAAUGUCACCCCCCGAAAGAAACCAAAAUUAGAUAGAACUGAAAAUAUAGUUCAUUCUCCUUCACCGCACAAAAUCAGACCAAUAUUUAAAGUACACGUCUCUAAUUUGGACCCCCAAGUCACCGACACUGACAUCCAGGACCUGUUCUCCGAUUUCGGUGUGAUGAAAUUCCAUGCCGUGCACUACUCAAAGGACUGUGUCUCUCUGUGUUCUGCGGAGGUGCACUAUAGUUCCAAGCAGGCUGUGGAAGCAGUGGUUAAGCAGUACAACGGUGUUCCCUUGGACGGAUGGCCGCUAUGUUUAGCUUCAAUUAACCAAGCUGGCGAAAUUCCUGUCCAAGAUUCUUCUGAAGUUACAACACUGACCAAAGUGCACGUGUCUAAUGUGGGACCAGAGAUAUCAGACGACCGUCUUUCUGAUUUAUUCUCGGCAGUUGGUGGGACGAAAAGAUGUGUGGUGCAUCAUACAGCUUCAGGGAAAUCACUUGGAACUGGUGAAGUCGCUUUCGAAACAUUGACUCAAGCUGCCGAAGCAAUCAAGAAAUUCGACCAUACUGCUUUGGAGGGUUGGCCCCUAAGAUUGGCAAUCAUAGGCCAUUCAGCCAGUGCAGAUAGCUAAACUGGCCUUCUCAUGAACUCUCCAAGAUUAAGUUUUGAUUAUUUGCGUUUGUUUGUGAUUUUUUAAGUGAAAGUAGUGGGUUUCAAUUGUGAUGUUAGUUUCACAAGUUUUAUUUAAUAAAUUGUGUAGAAAUGCAUUUUCAAA